AUGCUAAGAACUAUGCGCUUUGAGAACCUCUGUUCCAUCGUGCAGCUGAAUGGAUGGCAGGCUCUGCUGGAUGAUUACUGUGAGUUAGGACAGGAUCAUUGGGAAAGAGCUCAUUUACGCUCCUUAUGGCUCUAUAGAGCUGUAGUGAAGGGAGACACAAGAGGGCUUCGUAACCUCCUUAAAAGGAACUAUAUUGAUGUUGAUGUGUUUUACAAUGUGAGCUGUGAGGAACUUGAGUGGCAAGCUCACACAGACACCACCUUUGGACCCUCAGGUCUUUGGUCUUUGGAGUAUAAAAGAGAACUGACAAGCCCACUGUGUAUUGCUGCUGCACAAGGUUUCACUGAAUGUCUGCUAUAUUUACUGGAACACGGUGCACACCCCAACCUUAUCGCAGGAGGAAAAGCAGCACUUCAUGAGGCCUGUGUAAACGCCAACAAUGAAUGUGUAGAACUGCUGCUGGAACAUGGGGCUAAUCCUAACCAGAUGACAGACGAUGGACUGACUGCCUUACAUCUCUGCAGAACACCACAAUCACUAUGUUGUGCAAAAGCCUUGGUGAGAUAUGGUGCCAAAGUGAACUUAUCCAGUGAAGAAGAGGAUGAAACACCACUGCAUGUGGCAGCUAGACAUGGUCUGCCCCACCAUGCACAGCUGUACCUACGAUUCGGAGCCUUUGUGAACCAUAGCAGCUCUUCAGGUGAAACGCCACUGGGUGUUGUUUGUGGAGUCGCCAAAGAAAAGACAGUCGACAGCCAAGAUGAAGGAUACCUCGAGAUCUGUCGUCUCCUUCUGGCCUAUGGAGCUAACAUUAAUUCGGCUGAUAAAGAACGCCGCAGUCCUCUACACAAGGCAGCCCGCAAUGUUCAGCUUAAGUUGGUGGAGCUUCUCUUGGACCAUGGGGCUGAUAUCAAUGCCAUUGACUAUAACGGAUGCUCACCGUUAUCUAGUGUUCUACAAAGCUCUGUGGUUCGGCAAGAGUGGGAACCUCACAGGGUUGUUCAGACCUUGUUAAAUCACGGCUCUAUUAAAGUCUGGCCACAAGCACUGCUGAAGGUAUUAACAGCCUGUGCAGAGGCACCUAAAACUGUGGAAAUCCUGUUUAAUUCAUACACACUUGUUCCUGUGACCCCCAGAUGGGUUGAGGUUAUUCCUGAGGAUAUUUUUCAUUUUCACAGAACCUUUUAUGAGUCUCUUUUUGCAAUGGAGUAUAAACCACGCAGUUUACAGCAUCUGUGUCGGUCUGCACUGAGGAAACAGUUUGGGGAAAACUGCUGCUCCCUCAUUCCCAGGCUCCCUGUCCCAAAGCCACUUCAACAGUAUCUUCUUUUGGAACCGGAGGGGUACAUUGACUAGAAUCAGACCUUUUGGCAGAAACCUUAAGAGAACUUUACAAGGGUUUUUAAUGCUAUGUAACACUCUGACAAGGAUGACUGCCUUAAAGGAACA